UCAGCCGAGCCACAUCAGCUCUGUCGUUCUCUGUCUCUCUCUCUCUCGAGGUCUACCUCUACCAAGUCGCCGGCUUCCGAGCGCGGGCAGAGCUCACCAACGGGUUCGUGGGGGAUUUCGCAGUGGCGCUGCUCGGUGGCGGUUGACGGCGGUCGUCGUGGUAGAGAUCCGGAGUGUUGGUCACGAGGACGGUAACGGUGUAACGCGGUGCCCACGUGGGAUUCGUACAACUUUCAUCCUAUCGAUCACUGCCGCUGCUGCUGUUGCUGCUGGUUACGGAAUCAGAGCCAGACAAAGGGACUGUACCUUCGCGACGCUCGAGUGUCACCGGCCAGGUAGUUGUGUUCGAGCGCCCGAUCCAAGAGCAAGCAUCCGCGCACCGUGAUCGUCCUGCGGGAAGUUGAUGCACCCCGAAAACCAGUUCCUCCAGUCCAGUGAAGUGCACAGAGUUUAGCCCUUCAGUUGGUGCGCCUGGCCUACUACGACCUGGCACUGGCUAGUUUUAGUGACUGAAAGUGGUUCAAAUCAACAGUUUACUUGGAUUACACGGACGACUACUAAUAGAACCCCGGCGUAUCAUCAUGCCACAACUGUCACCGCCGCUGGGAAACUUGGCGCACGUUGUCAUGGUGACGGUAUCGCUGCUCCUGUUUGCCCUGCUAAUCGCCGGACCGAACGGAGCGGCGAGUGGCCACCGGUUCGGCUACUCGAAGCCCGACCAGCGGCGCUGGUCGAAGGCGCACCAGAGCUGCGCCGGCAAGCACCAGUCACCGAUCGCCAUCAGCAGCAACCGGGCGCUACCGAUUUACAUGCCGGCCAUCGAGCUGGUCGGCUACAACAACCUCCUGCCGGGCCCGAUCACCGUGCACAACAAUGGUCAUUCCGUGUCCCUCGCGAUUCCGAAAACGGACCCCUCCGCGGGUAAGCACCCCUACAUCUUCGGGGGCAAGUUGCAGAACGAGUACGAGCUCGAAGGACUCCACUUCCACUGGGGCGACAAGAACAACCGCGGCUCGGAGCACGUGCUCAACGACGUCAGGUACCCGCUCGAGAUGCACAUCAUCCACCGGAACCGCAAGUACAAGUCGGUGGCCGAGGCGCUCGGCUACUCGGACGGUCUUACGGUGCUGGGCUUUUUCUAUCAGGUCACCGAGCACGACAGCCCGGAGAUUAACGGACUCGUGCGCUCGUUCGGGCUGAUCACCGACUACGACAAGGCGAUCCAGCUGAACCACACGUUCACGCUGCAGUCGCUCAUCGACGGCCUGGACACGACGCGGUUCUACACCUACAAGGGCUCCCUGACGACGCCACCCUGCUCGGAGGCCGUCACGUGGGUCGUCUUUCCCGAUCUGCUCGAGCUGUCCGUGCAUCAGAUGAAGCGCUUCCGUACGCUGGACACCGGCAUCCACGGGUCACCGAUGGUCGACAACUACCGGGCGUUGCAACCGAUCGGCAACCGGCGGGUGUUUGUGCGCAAGGUCAACGCCCGCUACACGGCGCUCGAGGCCCUCGACGAGGGUCACACCCACAGCAAGUGGGACUGGGUGUACUGAGGCGGCCACGAGGAGCGAACCUUCUGCCAGGUGGCACGAAACAUCCCAACACUAAACCCCAAACCGGAAGCUUGGGAACCAAAAGAACGAACAAAUGUGGCAUAGGUUGUGCCAUUUUUCUUAGAUUUAAUGCAGUGCAUGUUCUUCAUUCAUUUAAGACUAUAGAGUAUAUCGUUUGACAGUAGCGCAAGUGUUGAAACACACUGUUGUAAACGUAAAUAUAACGUAA